AUGGCUGCUUUUGUGACCAACCCAAUUCGACCAGCUUUUGGAGUACAAGCGACAGAUACAUUGGGAAGAAGAGAAUUCAGCUACCUACUUUCUAGCAACAGUGAAGAAGAGGAAAAGGACAUUAAGCCUACGUGGACCUAUGAGCCCUAUAGCCCUGCCACGAACAACGCUAACAUGAGACGAAACCCCAACAGUGGACCGCCGAGACGAUCAUUUUCUACAUGGACGGUUCCCAAAACAGUUUCUAUCCCAGAAGACAAGCUCGAAAUCAGUUUUGUGCGGUCAUCAGGAUCGGGAGGUCAAAAUGUCAACAAACUCAGUACCAAAGUAGAACUCCGUUUCCACGUCAUGCAAGCUGACUGGAUGCCGAGGGAAGUUCGAGAGAGGUUGUCCACCCAGCAGAGCAAUCGGAUCAAUAAAGAAGGAUUCAUGACGAUAACUAGCCAAGAGAAUAGAACGCAAGGCAUGAAUAGAAAAGCCGCCUUGGACAAAUUAAAGGUCAUGGUGCUCGAAGCGUGGCCGCGACCGAAAAUAAGAAGGCAGCGGGAAGGGAUCUCGCAAGGAGAGAAACGAAGACGGAAAGAGUUCAAAAAGAAACGGAGUGCAGUCAAAGCGAAUCGAAAACAGGUAAAAGACUGGUAG